AUGACCAGUUUGACCUCGUCCACCGUGAACCGUCGGCUCGACCUUAUUGGUCGACCCACCCAAAUUAUCGGCAGUCGAGCACACUUCGGGAAUGCAGAGCCUCCGAUCUUUCUUAACCGCAACAUCUGGGGUGAUGAGCAGAAACCGAUCUGUGCCAAUUGUGAGGUCAAGGGGCUCGCAUGUAAAUAUAGCUCUGAUUUGGAAUUUGUGUCGCAGCGCGAGGGGAAGUUUGUCGAUGAUUCGCCCCUUGCAGCUGUAAACAAGGACAAAUCAAAGGUCCCGCAGGCUUCUGCAAAUGUCUCUCAGAGCGAUGGCAAUGCUAGAUUUUCCGUAGACGAGUUACAGUCUUCGACCGAUGGCCCAGAUGAUCCUGGAGACACAGGCCGUGCCUUUGAAUUCCAAAACAUAUUGUCACCUGCAGUCCCCAAUGUCGACUUUUCUGGACCUCCAGUCCCGUUUGUCGCUGAACGGCGAGCGCCGGGUGCUCGAUACAUGAACAGUGCUCCGUACUUUGGAUACCGAUCUGUCGCCGGCGGUAGAACAGUCGAGCGACGAGGGACACUUACAGAUGGCAGUCACGAGACUGACUUGCUUCGACAUUUCCGGUACCACGUUGGUCCUUGGAUCGACACCGGGGACCCUGAGCUCCCGUUCGGUCUGCAUGUUCUUCUGCUCUCGCGAACCAACAGAGCCCUGCAAGCUGCGGUUCUUGCUCUAUCUGCAGCCCAGCGGCUUCUGGUGACAUCGCCGGAUAGCAAGGACCUAGAAAGCAGCCAGCAGUUCCGAAGGGAAGCGGAGGAGAGUCUGGCGCUUGAAUAUGAUCUGGCUAGAUAUGCUGGUCAUACCCUAUUGAUGCUUCAGGAUGUUCUACCUGCUGGGCCGCAGCAGUGGAGAAGCCUUUUAAUUCACCGAAUAGAGCAUGUCAGCGACUUCGCGUCACGAGCAGUGGGAGAAGAGGUCGGGGAUGCUUUGUUAUGGCUUUACUUCCGGCUUGAUCUCGCAAGCUCAAUAUCCUCUUCAAAACCACCACUCAUGCCCUUCCGAUCAUUAUUACGACGAGAUGGUACCUUAUUGCACCACGCACAAUCCAUGCGUCCUCAGACUGUGAAUUCCGUUUACAAGCACAUCUUGUGUCUUCUGGGACACUGCCUGGCCCUAAUACAUGGCGAUCCAGAGAUAUCUUCUCCUCAUACGGUCCCAUCGUCAGACCUGGCAGCAUUCCCAUCUUUACGACAAUCGCGCUCGCUAUCACAGUGGACAUUUCUCUGGUCAGACUGCCAGAAAUGGUACAACGAGCGGCCAGUAGACGUACAACAGAUCGUCGACAUUCGUGGUAGCGAAGCUGACCAAAUCGACCCAGACCACGACUCCUCAUUCCCAAUUCUCAUCUACACGACCCCGAUGGCGCUGGUCGCCAACGCUGUCUACCAUAUGAUCUCUCUCUUAUUGCUCACAAAUAAGCCACGGCUUCUGAAAUCACUACCCGGACCACGGUCCGUCACUUCGCAUAUAUGGCACGCGCAAUCAAUUGCCGGGAUUGCAGCAAGCAAUGACUCCCCCGAGCAAUGGGAUCCAAUAUUGGUUGCGAGUCUUCUCAUCAUUGCCAAGGAGAUGACACAUGAGUCUCAACAAACUGUUCUACUAGAUAGAUUUGCAAGAAUCACGGCUACGACAGGGAUCAAACUGGACCGAGAGACUAGCGAGCUUCAAGCGGCGUGGAACCUGGCGCGAUACGAAGAGGAAUUCGACGACGAAGCUGACGCUAUGAUUUCAUAA